CAAGUAUCGCUUAAGUGUCUUCGGGUCGGCGUUUUUUUCGCCAGGGUGAGAUGCUGGUGCUGUUGCUCUCGUCGCUGCUGGCCCACGUGGUAAUAGCAGCCGAUGACGACGCCACAAUCCCCUUCAACUCGUGGGGGAACACCGCGGACACGCUGCAGUAUGCGCUCGCCUUCAUCGUCGUGCUCGUGGCCGCGCACCCGCUCGGUCUCUUCUUCCCCAAACUCUUCCAACUGCCGCUAAUCACGGGAUAUUUAGUGAUCGGGAUCAUUGCAGGACCAUUUGUGGCUAAUCUACUGCCCAAAGAGCUGGUGGACAUGCUGUCGACGUACGUGAGUGCAUUGGCAUUGUCGUUUAUCUCGUUCCAAGCCGGACAGGAGAUUUAUCUACCGGAAUUGAGACCGCAACUCAAGCAGAUCUUCAUUCUCCUCAGUGUACUUUACAUUGUGGCCAUGAUCGUCCUCACAAGUGUACAUUUACUGGCCAAUAACGCCUUCUUCUAUGACGACUUUAUCACGAAUUGCCAACUGGGUAUCGCUCUCAUGUUCGGCUCCAUCUCCGUACUGGGCUCGCCCGCGACGGUGAUGGCCAUCAAGAUCGAGCUCAACAGCGUCGGCCCAUUCACAAAUCUCAUGCUUGGGGCCACGAUGACAGCGGAAUUCGUGGUUUUAGUGUCCUUCUCUAUCUCACGGAUCAUUUGCUCUAUUUACUGCGCAGACUUGAGUGUAUCCGUGGGGAAUCUGGUCUUCACAUUGGCCAUUGUGGCGUCUAAUCUAUUGCUUGGAGCCCUGCUGGGCCUCGUUAUCAUCCUCAUCUUCCAGAUCCCUGGAAGCGCAGCAGAAGAGCACAUGGAUCUACACGACCCGACGUCCAUCACUGCGUCCAACUACAGUCAGUACAGAGACCUGGAAGCAGCUACGGACCCUGAUAGAAUGCCGCACCCACACAACGCCUACGUGGAAGCCAUCGACCGAAGACGUACCAAACGACCAGAGUUCUGGACAACACGCGUGUCUCUGUAUGUCAAGGGCUUCCUAUGGCUCACAAUGGGCUACGUGUUCUACAUUUCUACUACGACGAUCAGUGAGGCCACAGUGGCUUCGUACGGCUUGUCAUGGGAAGUGAAAUUCGAGCCUUUACUGGUUCUCAUGGUGGCGUCCUGUCUCGCUGGCCACUACUCGUUGAUUCGUCACGAUAUGCACGUGAUCCUAGAUACUGUGGCUCCGUACAUGUUCCUGCCGUUCUUCGUCAUGACAGGAGCGGCAUUGAAGCUGGACAAAGUGGUGGACGCCAUCCCGCUCAUGAGUUUGUACGUGUGUUUGCGCUUCGUAUCUGUCUUCAUCGCGUGUUAUUUCGGUGGUCGCUUCCUGCUCAAACUUCCACCAAGACAGUACAACAACCUCUGGCUUACAAUGACACCCCAGGCCGGUGUUGCAUUGGGUUUGGCUAAUGAAGUCAAAGCGUUGAGUACUGAGCCGUGGGCUGCAGAGUUUGCAGCGACAAUCGUAGCAGCGGUGGUGGUGAACCAGAUCAUUGGGCCAGUGUUGUGUGCCAUUGGCCUCAGUCGAGCAGGCGAGAGCAAGUACGACCGAGUCGCUGAGGCCCAGCCUGCGGAUGGCGAGACGUCCGAGAGCGACGGCAGCGCUCACGGUGGUCGAUCUCUGCUUCAUACUCGCAGUCGCCUGUCAAGUAGUAAUAUUACUCAAGGGAAUGGCGAUCCACGUGCUUUACUACCAUUCUACAAGGUCAAAAGUGCUGUGGUUAUCGGUGAAGACGAGGUGGCGUUCGAGAUUGCGCUGGAAUUGUCACUCUACGGAGCUCAAGUGAAUGUGCCUCUACUGGACAAAGAGCAAGCGGAAAAGUGGCAUUCUAUCAACGAAACAAUUCUCAAGCGGUCGGCGAAAGGAGAGCUGAUUCAAUACAAGAACAAGAUCAAAGAUCGAGAAAAGAACGACCAAAUGUCGGCAGCAGACGUUCUCAUCUUCACUGGGGACGGUAUGCGGACUUUAGAGCACGUCCGGACAAUGAAAGAACUGCUGGGAGAAGACCACCCGAGAAUGAUUGCAGUCAUCCCUGACUGUACCUUCAGUAAAGAGCUCAAAGAGCUAGGAGUGUUGAUCAUCCAGCCUGCUAUUGCACUGGCCAACAUUGCGACUCGAAUGGCACUGCUGGACCAGAAGCUGGCCGAGUCGCUGUCCCAGGAGAUCAGCACAACGAGCGACUUCGCUACAGCCGCGUACUUUAUGAACCGCGAGUCGGUACACUCGCUGUCCGAGAUGCGACUCGAUGGUCGUCGCUUGGCUCUCGGCCGGAGCGUCGUCAACCACCACUCGGUCAACUACGACAGACUGGCUGAGGCUCUGGCGGCUGAGAACCUUCCUAUGCCUCCUCCUCCAUCGCGUGUGUCAAUGUUUGGUACUUCUGCUGCCGGGUUCGACCCGUUUGCUAGACGGGGUGAUGGUAUGUCGGCGUACGAGCAUUUCGUGGUGCAAGACGAACCAGACGUCAAUGAUGACAACGGCCACGUCUUCAACGCGCAGUUUGUGCAGCGUUCGCCCCGUUUAGGCGUCUUCCCGUCACCACAAGGGAGCAAUCCGUACUCAUUCGUACGGUCUAGAUCGUCCCGCAGUCCCGGGGGAGGUCGUCCUCGCAUCAACUCGAGCACAGGAAGCGUCAACCGAGGACAUCAUCGCACGUAUUCAGAUGUCGUAUGAUGCGGAAGCGUUUUCUGUUACACUUUCCAACAGUAGAACACACAUGAAGGGAAUAAGUUAACAGAUUAUUAAGCAGAGACUACUUUAAUAAGAAUUCCAGAUGGAACAAAGUCACUCAGCGACCAAAACAAAAGCAAAAUACUUUUUUUUUU